GUGCGCAAAGUGGCGGAUGUGCCGGAGGCGGGGUGGUUGAAUGGGAUGGCUCUUUUCCCUUCCGGCGGGUCUGGGACUAAGACUACGGCAGGGACAGGGGUCGUGCUGAUCGCCGACUCGGUGAAUGGAGUGAUCUGGCAACUCGACCCCCAGACCGGAAAGUACCGCGUGGCGUUGAACGAUACAGCCAGCAUGGCGGCGUCGCCGACGGAUCCGUUAGGGCUCGGGGUCAACGGGGUUCGCGUGUGGCGCGGCUUCGUGUACUACUCAACCGACUCCGUGCAGGCGGUGUUUCGCGUGCCGGUGCGGUGGGAUGAUUCCUCGCGGAGUGUGAGAGCGGCGGGGGCCGUUGAGACGGUGGCGUCUCGGGUGGUGGUGGAUGACUUUGCAGUGGCUGAGGACGGGGGUUUGUAUCUCAUGGCCGUGGCGGAUAACCAGGUGGUUAGGGUUACGGCCGCCGGGCAGCAAGCGGUGCUGGCAGGCACCAGGGAUAGUGCCCAGGUGGCGGGAUGUACCUCCGGGGUGAUUUCGGCGGAUGGGCGGCGGUUGUUUAUUACGACCAAUGGCGGGCAUAUCACUCCGCCGAAGGGAGGGGAGGAGCCGGCGAAGCUGGUGGAGAUUGAAUUGUAGGUCAGGGGCAUGGGCACGGUAUGCUUACGGGUAAGAACUGAAGUUCGGCGAAUUCCAUUCAACAGCGUAACUAUCAGUGAUUAAGAUACAAGCAUAGCAUAACAGUCGAUUUCACUAAAAUCCAG